GUUCCGGUUUAGCGGAGAUCCCCGGAAGUCAACGGUAGAAGUCUUAACUGACAGCUCUGAGCCCAAAACUGACACAAAAACACGAUAUUUAUGCUCUAAAUUUAAAAACAAAUCUAAACAAGGCGUUUAAGUGUCAUGAGUAGUAAAACACAGCAGGAAACAGCUUAAAUCCUGAGAACGAUGGAGGAGACGCGGAGGAGGGCCCAGGCACUCCUGUCGAUCGCUGGGCAGGCACAGGAGGCCAAGGCCGAUGUGCAACACCUGGCUCGUAUGCCUGUGCUGCUGUCACAGAAGUACCUCCACAUCAGAGCAGAGACCAUACUGAGAGAGAACACCGCAGGGAAGAGCAGGCAGGAGAUGCUGGAGGCCCUGGUGAGACUGUCCAAGGCCCUGGGGAUUCUGGAGAAGUACGGCUGUAACCUGACCAGCCCCACACGCCCCAAGUACUGGAGGACUGUCAAACACAACAACCCUGUGUUCAGAACCACUGUGGACGCCAUCGAGGGCGGUCGGUCAGUGUUGUUUCUCUACGGUUACACCAAUCAGCAGAUCGAUGGGCUGAGUUUCCCUGAUGAUGUCACCGAGCCGGAUUUGAAGAAGGUCGUCGAGGUAACGGUGGAGGUCAUGACCCUUCGUGCCGAGGUUGACCUUCUCCUCAAGGGUGUUCAUCCUCACCCAGAGCAAUUUAAAGACAUCAUCCCAUAUAUUGUCCAGGACCAGGAGAAGAUGGAGAAUGAUGCCAUUCCUAUAAGAGAAGAACCUCAACCUGAAGCUAAACCAUCUCCAAAAGUCCCUCCAAAACCUGCUCCAAGGAUCAAUACUCUCCCAAAUCACAGCAAAGCGCCCCCUUUGGUGUCAGACUGCAGUCUCUGUGGCAGCUCUUCCAUGUUCAUGUGUCCGUCCUGUAAUGACCAAAGCUUCUGUGACGCCUGUGACGACCUGUACCACCGCCACCCCGCCCGCGCUUCCCACAAGAGGGAGCCACUGCACAAACCCAAACCAGACCUGUGUUGCAUCUGUGGAGUCUCUCCUGUCCACGCGCUCUGCUCCUCAUGUCAUCAGAAACUCUGUCAGAACUGUGAUCGUCUGUUCCACUCCCACCCAGACCGAGUGGGUCACAACCGCACCCUGCUGUCUGCAGCCAAACCCUCCAGACCCUCUCUCUCCUCGUGGGAGUGCAGCCACUGUACCACAGUGAAUGAGGUCAGGGCCAUUCUCUGCUCUACCUGUGACCGCCCACGCCUCUCCACAGGCCCCGUCCCCAACCAGGACCCCCCACUGGCCACGCCCCAGUCUCCCAAUGCAGAGUGGCAGUGUAAGAGUUGCACUGUGCUGAACCAGGGCAGCAGUGUGCUCUGUCAAGUGUGUGAGCGCCCCCGUCUGGCCACUCGACCUCCUGCAGCUCCGGCCAAAACUCUCACCGGUCCCGAGUCUCUUGCCCUCCCUGUCUCCAAGUGGAUGUGCCAAUUUUGCACCUUCGUCAACACCAAGCCCACCCCCAUCUGUGAAAUGUGCAGUCUCUCAUGUAAAGAUACAGGGGGCACUGUUUCUCUGCCCGCGGCUCUGCACACAGCUUCUACUCUAGCUCAGGGGGGUAAAACCCCUCCUCCUCCCAUCGCCCCAAAACCAGCACUCAGCCUGGGCACGGAGAACCAGAGACAGAAGGCCCUGAUGGAAGACGGGCUCAACCUCAUCAACCACAUCAGGGAGGGGGAGAAGCGUGGGGUGAGUCCAGAGGAGAUCUAUGCUGCUCUGAAGAUGUGCGGAGGGAGCAACAUAAACCCCUGUGAUUGGCUCAACUCAGAGCUGCCUCACCUCCUUGACGAGAUCUGCGCCAUGGCAACCUCUGUCCAGCUCACCACCACAAAGGACCGUGGGAUACCUGGAGCCACAGGGGAGGGUGAGGAGGAGGCGAAGUCAGGGGUGAAACUGUCCAGAGCUGAGGCCAAACGUGCGUGGCUGGCAACAGGGGGCGACAUCGAGGCGGCUGUGAGGCAACUGUUGCAGGACCGGCAAAACAAGAUGAGAGAGCUGCAGUCUCUGGGGUUCAGAGACGUGUCUAAGUGUGAGGAGGCGCUGCGUCUCAGCGGAGGAGAGCUCAGAGGAGCACUGUCCCUGCUGCAGCGCCCCCUCCUGGAGCCAUACCACCAGCGCAUCUGGACCCAGUGUGAGCCGCCCAUCGACCCCAAAGACCCAGACAAACAGAGGACCUGCCGUCGUCUCCUCGCGCUGUAUGAUCUGCCCAGCUGGGGGCGCUGUGAGCUGGUGCUUUCGUUGCUGCAGGAGCCCGACGUGAACUAUAACCUGGAGGACGUGGUUCAGGCGGUGAAAGAGUCUCCAGACCGAGAGUUCAUCAAACGCCUACUCCAGAAUGAGUGUGGGGUCUGCUACAGCAACUUCCCCCACAGCAAGAUGAAAUCUCUGACGUCGUGCCAGUGCUCUCUGUGUCUGGAGUGUUUUCAGAAGCACUUCACUAUCUCAGUGACAGAGAAACACAUCAGGGACAUGGUGUGUCCUGUGUGUAAUGAACCUGACAUCAAUGACCCCGAACAACUCGACAACUACUUCUCCACACUGGACAUACAGUUGAGGAUGUGUCUGACCACUGAAGUAUAUAACCUCUUCCAUAGAAAGCUAACGGAGCACACCUUGAUGAAGGACCCCAAGUUCCUUUGGUGCUGCCAUUGCACGUCUGGAUUCAUAAACGACGUGGACCAGCUCAAAGUCACCUGUCCCUCCUGCCACAAGAGCUUCUGCUGCAAGUGCAAGAAACCAUGGGAGCCUCAGCACCAGGACGUCACCUGUGAACAGUUUCAGCAAUGGAAGAGAGAUAAUGACCCCGAGUACCAGAAACAGGGCCUGGCUGGCUAUCUGAGGGACAAUGGAAUCACUUGUCCAAACUGCCGGUUCCAGUACGCUCUGACCAAAGGCGGCUGCAUGCACUUCACCUGCUCCCAGUGUCGCUAUGAGUUCUGCAGUGGCUGUAACAAUCCCUUCCACAAGACGGCCUGUAAAACCGCAGUGUGUACUCUUAACGGGCUCCACGCACAUCACCCACGAGAUUGUCUCUUCUACCUUCGAGACUGGGACCCGCAGCGGCUUCAGGAACUACUCAAGAGGAGCAAUGUGGCUUUCAACACAGAGCCUUCAACUGAGACUCCAGCUGCUCAUUGUGGAGUGAUGGAGCAGAAGGACAGUGGGCACCAGGACCAGCCCUGUGGAGGAGAGACCAGACCAGGCCAGGCCGGGCUUUGCGAGAAGCACUACCGCGAGUACCUGGUGAGCCUCAUAAACGUGCACUCCCUGGACCCUGCGGUUCUGUACGAGCCUCAGGAGCUGCUGUGCGCCUGUCAGAGAUAUCAGGUCGCAGUGCAGAAGAUGGACAACGAGAAUGAGAACAACUACAAUGCCAGGCUGCUCAAGAAACUGAUGGAGGUUCCUCUUGGAGACAAAGUUCCCCGAAACCAGUAACAUCUACAGAACUACUGCACCUGUGCUUUUUAAUUAAAGACAUUUAGUUAAAACAUGUCUAAGGUAUAGUUCAGUUCUGUGUGCACACGAAUUGGAGGAGCAGACAGGAGCAAAAAUACAGAAUUGUCUUUAUAUGUCAUUUAUUUUGCAGCUACUUUUAGUAGUUUUGUAGCUAAGUUUAGUACUUUCUUCAACCACAACUUCAAAAACUUUCAGUGCAAGUGUAAUUACCAUAUUAGAAACCAGGUCCAAAGGGUCUAAACUUAUUCCUUAGAAGAAAAUGCAUCUAGUUUAUUUAGUCCUGGUUUAGUCCUGGUUUAGUCUUUUGUUUGGA